UUGGUUCGUUGCACAGACGUCACUGAAAUAUAAAUAUAAACUUUUUUAUAUGUCCCUGCGUUCUACCUAAGUGUUUUUUUCGGUCAGGAGUUACUCGCUGAAUAUCUGAUAUUUCUUCCUAUUUAAAUGGAGGAAACAAACGCUUGAAUAUCUUGGUCAAAGACUAAAACUGUGCCAUGCCAUAAUUUAUAGCCGCAAGCUAAAUGCGAAUUAGCUAGCUUGUUGAUGAUCUGUGUUUAACUUUAAUGACAGCACGGAUAUCCUGAAGAGGUUCAGAAGCCGGGGACGACCGCCCCAGAGUUAAUCACUAUUACGAUUGGCUAUUGAGGUAACUGAGAACAAAUCGGAUGUCAGCGAAGGAAGGGUGAGAGGUUGGAGGACUGCAAGAGUUCUAAAAAGUUGACAGGUAAUCAGGGCAGUGGAAACUUCGAAUGCUGCAAAUUUACGUUUUUAGCAAAAAGUAUCGAGAGACAUCUAAGACGGAUGUCAGAAGGCUUCCUUAUGGAAGUGUGUGUGGAUUCAGUGGAGUCGGCCAUUAACGCCGAAAGGGGAGGUGCAGGCCGCAUUGAACUGUGCUCCAGCCUCCAAGAGGGAGGGAUCACACCCAGCAUUGGCCUCCUGAAGGUGGUGAAGCAGUACACCAGGAUACCGGUCUACGCCAUGAUCCGCCCCCGCGGGGGGGACUUCCUGUAUUCUGACCACGAGGUGGAGGUGAUGAGGAUGGACAUGGAGCUGAUGAAGAGCAGCGGAGCGGACGGGCUGGUCCUGGGGGCUCUGACUGAGGACGGACAGAUCGAUGCCGAGCUCUGCAUGGAGCUUUUGGCUGCAUGUCGACCCUUGCCAGUCACAUUUCACAGAGCCUUCGACAUGGUGCGGGACCCCUGUGCUGCGCUGGAGGUGCUGGUGUCCCUGGGGUUCGAGAGGGUGCUGACCAGCGGCUGCGACAGCACUGCUUUGGAGGGCCUCCCGGUCAUCAAGCGAUUGGUGGAGCAGGCCAAAGGAAGAAUUAUCAUCACGCCUGGAGGGGGAAUCAGCGAGCGGAAUCUGCAGAGGAUUCUGGAAGGCUCGGGGGCCCAGGAGUUCCACUGCUCCGCACGUUCCAGCAGGGAAUCGGCCAUGAAAUUCCGGAACCUGAACGUAAGCAUGGGCGCGUCCGUCUCUGUGCCGGAGUACUCCUCCAAGGUGGCCGACGUCACCAAGGUGCGCACCCUGAACGCCAUCGCCAAGAACACCCUGUAGGAGAGGCUGGGCCACUCCACCGCAUGCCCCUGGAGGAACAGGUUCCUCUGUCCACAAGGGGGUGCCAGAGUGGACGAGUGCUAGGCUAACACUGCUCCUACACAGAGGUGAAAAAGACCAGCGUGUGGCAGAGCACAUGGACGGUGUGCAAACCAACUGAAAUGUACCUCGCAAAAUUGUGAUCAAAACGUUUACAGGAUGGAAGACAUUGCCAAAGGACUGCUUUGUAGUUUAGGCCUGCUGAAUAGGGAUGAAAUCAGCUGAGCCCAGAUUUUUGACUUGAAGGGGUGUCAUGGAAACCUUAUUUGUUUUGCUUUUUUUAAUUUUCUGCAACAAUCCCCUUGAUCAUCUCUACAGUGUGCGAUUGUACAAAUUAUGUUCCAUAAGAUUCAAUUAAACUAUCGUUUUUAUUUGA